AUGUGUGAAUCUGCUUUCUGCAACUUUUUCGAAAAUUUUAGUUAUACUAGUACUUCAAGUGCUCUGUGGUUUUGCACCCCAACAUAUAUAGAAGCAGCCAAGGAGCAGCUACCUGCUGCAGAAAAUGGGACGUUAAAAUUUCCAGGGCUUUUUGCCUUUGGAGAUUCAAUUCUUGAUACUGGCAACAACAAUAAUCUUGCCACUGUAGCUAAAUGCAAUUUCCCGCCCUAUGGAAGAGAUUUAGUGGGAGGCAUCCCAACAGGAAGAUUUGGCAAUGGAAAAGUGCUCUCAGACUUGAUAGCCGAAGGCUUGGGAAGCAAAGAACUUUUGCCAUCAUAUCUUGACCCAAACCUGCAGAGCCCUGAUCUCCCUACCGGUGUAUGCUUUGCGUCAGGUAGCUCUGGUUAUGAUCCUCUAACACCAACCAUAACGGUUUUAUCUCUAUUCAAACAAUUAGAACUCUUCAAAGAGUACAUUGCGAAGCUGACAGGGAUUGUUGGAGAAGAGAGAGCAAGAGCCAUCAUAGCUAACAGUCUAUUUUUAGUUUCAGCAGGCAACAAUGACAGUUUGAUUAGUUAUUCUCUCAUUGCUAGAAAGCUUCACUACGAUUUUCCUUCAUAUGCUGCUCUUUUGGUCAGCAUGGCUUCUACUUUCCUCAGGGAUUUAUAUAGCCUCGGGGCAAGGCGCAUUGGUGUUUUCAGUACAGCAGCAGUGGGAUGCUCCCCAUUUGACAGAAAUAGAGGAGGCUUACCGAGAGAGUGUUUGGAGCUGGAAUUGGAAGAAGCAGCAUGGUUCAAUUCUGAGCUAUCAUCUGAACUAGAUUACAUCAGAACCAACUUUACAGAUGUCAAGCUAGAUUCCAAGUAG